CCGCAGACAAUGGACGAGCACCCCGGAGUCGGAGGCGGGAUGGCGGCCGCUCCGAGACCGCAGCCGCCGCAGCCAGGGGGGAAUAUGAAUGUGCAGCCUGGCGCGGGCUGCGUGGGGGCCGGAGGCGGCGGAGGGGGGCAGCAGCCUCAGGUCCCGGCGGCCGCGGCGGGUCAGGACGCGGGGGACCGCGCGGAGCUGUCCCGACCCCAGCACUACACCAUCCCGGGGAUCCUGCACUACAUCCAGCACGAGUGGGCCCGCUUCGAGAUGGAGAGGGCGCACUGGGAGGUGGAGCGGGCCGAGCUCCAGGCUCGGAUAGCUUUUCUACAAGGAGAAAGAAAAGGUCAGGAAAACUUGAAGAAAGAUUUAGUAAGAAGAAUAAAAAUGUUAGAAUAUGCAUUAAAACAAGAAAGGGCAAAAUAUCAUAAAUUAAAAUAUGGCACAGAACUGAACCAAGGUGACUUGAAAAUGCCAACUUUUGAAUCAGAAGAAACCAAAGACACAGAGGUUCCUACAGUACCUCAAAAUAGUCAACUGACCUGGAAGCAAGGCAGGCAAUUAUUAAGACAGUAUCUUCAGGAAGUAGGUUACACGGACACAAUAUUGGAUGUACGGUCCCAGAGGGUAAGGUCUUUACUUGGGCUCUCCAGUUCAGAACCAAAUGGCUCAGUGGAGACGAAGAACUUAGAACAGAUCCUUAAUGGAGGUGAAUCUCCUUCAUCUAAGCAAAAGGGACAGGAAAUCAAAAGGAACUCUGGUGAUGUUCUUGAAACAUUUAAUUUCUUAGAAAAUGCAGAUGAUAGUGAUGAAGAAGAAGAGAAUGACAUGAUAGAAGAUAUUGCAGAAGGAAAAGAAAAGCAUCGGAUAAAUAAAAAACACAAAAUUGGUAAUGAAGGUUUAGCUGCAGACCUUACAGAUGACCCUGAUACUGAAGAAGCUCUGAAAGAAUUUGAUUUUUUAGUAACAGCAGAAGAUGGAGAAGGAGCUGGAGAAGCAAGAAGUUCAGGGGAUGGGACAGAAUGGGACAAAGAUGACCUGUCCCCAACUGCUGAGGUUUGGGAUGUAGACCAGGGACUAAUAAGUAAACUGAAGGAACAGUACAAGAAGGAACGAAAGGGGAAGAAAGGGGUAAAGAGGGUCAACAGGACAAAACUUCACGACAUGAUAGCUGAUCUGGGCGAUGAUGAGCUACCCCACAUCCCUUCAGGAAUCAUUAAUCAAUCUAGGUCACCCUCUUCUAGAAUGACUGAUGAAGGUUCAAGAGCAGAGGAAGCGGAGCCAAUAACGUUUUCAUCUGGAGGAGGCAAGUCAUUUAUUAUGGGUUCUGAUGAUGUUUUGUUAAGUGUACUGGGCCUUGGAGACCUUGCAGACUUGACAGUAACAAAUGAUGCAGACUAUAGUUAUGAUCUGCCAGCCAAUAAAGAUGCCUUUCGGAAGACAUGGAAUCCUAAGUAUACGCUACGCAGCCAUUUUGAUGGAGUGCGAACAUUAGCUUUUCAUCCUGUAGAGCCUGUGCUGGUUACAGCCUCUGAGGACCACACUUUAAAACUUUGGAACUUACAGAAAACAGUUCCUGCCAAAAAGAGUGCCUCUUUAGAUGUAGAACCUAUCUACACGUUUAGGGCCCACAUUGGACCUGUAUUGUCAUUGGCAAUUAGUUCUAACGGAGAACAGUGUUUUAGUGGUGGCAUUGAUGCAACCAUCCAGUGGUGGAAUAUGCCUAGCCCUAAUGUGGAUCCUUAUGAUACAUAUGAGCCAAACGUUCUAGCUGGCACAUUAAUUGCUCAUACAGAUGCAGUCUGGGGUCUUGCUUAUAGUGGUAUAAAGAAUCAUUUGCUAUCUUGUUCAGCAGAUGGCACUAUUAGAUUAUGGAAUCCACCAGAAAAAUUGCCCUGCAUUUGCACUUACAAUGGAGAAAAGGAACAUGGAAUACCUACAUCGGUUGACUUUAUAGGUUGUGAUCCUGCUCAUAUGGUCACAUCUUUUAGCACUGGCAGCACAGUCAUUUAUGAUUUAGAAACAUCCCAAUCACUGGUAAUACUCUCAUCACAGAUAGACUCUGGAUUGCAGUCAAAUAAUCAUAUUAACAGGGUAGUAAGUCAUCCUACACUUCCUGUAACAAUUACAGCUCAUGAAGAUAGACACAUCAAGUUUUUUGACAAUAAAACGGGUAAAAUGAUCCAUUCUAUGGUUGCUCACUUGGAUGCUGUCACAAGUCUAGCAGUAGAUCCCAAUGGAAUCUAUUUGAUGUCUGGAAGCCAUGACUGUUCCAUUAGAUUAUGGAAUUUAGACAGCAAGACUUGUGUACAAGAAAUAACAGCCCAUAGGAAAAAGUUGGAUGAGUCCAUUUAUGACGUAGCUUUUCAUCCAUCAAAAGCAUAUAUUGCCAGUGCAGGAGCUGAUGCCCUUGCCAAAGUAUUUGUGUGACACAACAAAACAAACCUGCACCAUAAUAGCAGGUCUGCUUGGACAAAAAAAGAGGGGGGAAUGCAUCACUGCCAUCAAUGAAACGGCUACCAAUAGGACACUACAUCUGAUCUGCCUGGGCGAAGGCUGUAUGUGGGGCAGGUUUAAGUUGGUGAAAAGUCACCACAUCUUGAAUAAUGUCAGGCUUAUUAAUUUAACUGUAAUUACUGUAUUUUUUUUUUUUUUUU